AUGAGCAAUAUCAACGAACAUUUGGCUUCGUAUAAGGCUGCCUUGGGGAGCACAGUCAAGUCUUUGCUCAAUGAUCUCCAAAAAUAUAUUCCACUGGACCAAACUGACACGUGGCACGCAUACUUCAAGGAAAUCACUUCCACUACCAAAGAAGAACUUUUUAAUGAUAUCACCAAUUUGAAAGUAACUCCCGCAACCACUGCCGCUCUAUUUACCACAUUUGUAUCUGUGUUAUUAGCUAGUAAACUUUUAGUGCCAUCGAAAGAGCCACAGAAAAGUGAGAAGAAGCCAAAGAAGAAGAAGAAAAAGCAGAGUAAAGCGCAAAAAGCCAAUAGUGAGAUUCAGGCUAUUUUGGACGAGGUUGAAGAGCUAUUUGUACCACAAAUUGAUCAGUAUAUUGAGCGUUAUAAGGAAUUGUCCGAUGAAAAGAAAGAGAACACGUAUAAUUACAUUCAGGAAAUGUUAUUGAAGAAGCUCAUGAAAUUAGACGGUAUUGACGUUGCCAACAACAACGUGUUGCGUGAAAAUAGAAAGAAGGUGAUUCGUUUUAUUCAGGAGCACCAGUCCAGAUUGGAUAAGUUCAAAAAGGACAAUUGA